AUUCGGGGGACAGAAGCAUUGAGCAUUGAGAAAAGCCUUAACCAAACCUUUGUCUCGAUCCCAAUAAAAAUUCCAAAUUUUUUUCAAAAGACUGUAUUCCGUUUGGACCAAUCAGGCAUAUUCAGGUUUCGUUUGCACAGCUUUCAGCGCUGGACUGGGGAUCUAAGUGAAUAAAAUCCGCAACUACCAAAAGUUGCAGCAAAAAAAAAAAAAAGAAAAGUAUUUAUUUAAAACCAAAAAAGAAGUGAGACUGUGAUUGACCUGGUUAGCUGAUUACAGCUGAUUAACUGAAUACGCCGUAACAAAUAAGGAAUUUGGAUUGAACGGCCAGCCCGGCCAGAAGUCGUUUUAACAUGGCCGAGGUGCUCAAUUUGGACAACAUUAUUGCCAGACUGCUGGAGGUGCGCACUGCACGUCCCGGCAAGAACGUGCAGCUCAAUGAGACCGAGAUACGUGGACUCUGCUUGAAGUCGCGCGAAAUAUUUUUGGCGCAGCCCAUACUGCUGGAGCUGGAGGCGCCGCUCAAGAUCUGCGGCGACAUACACGGCCAGUACUAUGAUCUGCUGCGUCUGUUCGAGUACGGCGGCUAUCCGCCCGAGUCGAACUAUCUGUUCCUGGGCGACUACGUGGAUCGUGGCAAACAAUCGCUGGAGACCAUCUGCCUCUUGUUGGCCUACAAGAUCAAGUACUCGGAGAACUUCUUUCUGCUGCGCGGCAAUCACGAGUGCGCCAGCAUCAAUCGCAUCUACGGCUUCUACGAUGAGUGCAAGCGUCGCUACAGCAUCAAGCUGUGGAAGACCUUCACCGACUGCUUCAACUGCCUGCCCGUGGUGGCGAUUGUGGACGAGAAGAUCUUCUGCUGCCACGGCGGCCUGAGUCCCGACCUCACCUCCAUGGAGCAGAUCAAGCGCAUUAUGCGCCCCACCGACGUGCCCGACCAGGGACUGCUCUGCGAUCUGCUCUGGUCCGAUCCGGACAAGGACACCAUUGGCUGGGGCGAGAACGACCGCGGCGUUAGCUUCACCUUUGGCGCUGAGGUCGUCGGCAAGUUCUUGCAAAAGCACGAUCUCGACUUGAUCUGCCGUGCCCAUCAGGUGGUCGAGGAUGGCUACGAGUUCUUUGCCAAGCGCCAGCUGGUCACGCUCUUCUCGGCGCCCAACUAUUGCGGUGAAUUCGACAAUGCCGGCGCCAUGAUGUCCGUCGAUGAGACGCUCAUGUGCAGCUUCCAGAUACUCAAGCCGGUGGAGAAGCGCAAAAAGUAGGCGCAACUAUCGAAUAUGACUAUGGUGAUGAUGAAUGGACGAAUUGUUACACUCUAAACUCUAAAUUGUUGGCUUGUAUUCUCACAUACAUAUAUUGUAAUCAAUCAGUUUUCGAUAUGCACUUUCGAUAACACAACAAAAUCACACACACAACCGAAGGCAUUUGCAUAUCGAAUAACUCCAAGCUGGUCGCAGACACUGGGCGGCCAUCUUUAUUUAUCUAUCAGCUGUUUCAGCGCCACAACAAAUUAACAAAAUGCUGAAAAAUUAAUGCACAAUAACAAAGGACACACACAAACAAACACACACAUACAGCA